AUGCAGCUCAAAUUACUUUCAAUCGCUGCUUUCGUCAGCACCGUGGCCUGUGCGGACCACACCAUGGGCUUCAUCGGCUGCUCAAUGGCUGAGAACGUGGCUCAAGGCUACGUUGCCGAUGGCGGAAAGCGCAUGUGGCCCAACUAUGGCACCAGUGGACAGGUAGUCCAAUCAUGGACUGACGUCAACUCGGCCUCCUGGAAGCUAUACGACCAGCAAGUGGCCAAGUACGGCAAGCCCGAUACGGUCUGGGUUCAAAUUUGCAUCUUUGCCCAGCAGGGUGCAACAGCCGCUGAGGUCAAGAAGCUGAUUGCCAAUGCUCGCACGCACUCUCAGCCUGAUGCUGCUAUUUACAUCACUGGCCAGCCGCUCUAUGACCCUGGAAAGGAGUGUUUCCUGGCCGGCAACGGUGGCGCUGCCAUGACCGACAACCUUGCUAAGACGGUCGCCGCAGACACGACACUCGUCAACGUUACCUAUCCAGGAUCUUUCAUCCUUCACGCAGCCGAGGUCCAGGAUGGCUGCCACGCCAAUGCCGCAGGACAGAAGUCUCUUGGGCAGCAAGCCAUCAAAUUCUGGGGUUAA